AUGAUGCCCCCGCGGGGGGCGGCGGGCUCCUGCCGCCGGCGGCGCCUGGCGCCCCUCAACGAGGACAACGGGCGGUUCCUGCUGCUGGCCGCCCUCAUCGCGGCGUACCUGAGCGCCGGCGCCACCGUCUUCUCGGCCCUCGAGAGCCCGUCGGAGGCGGCGGCGCAGCUCCGCUGGAACCGGACCCUGCACAACUUCAGCCGCAUCUUCAACAUCAGCCUGCCGGAGCUGCGCGCCUUCCUGCGGAGCUACGAGGCGGCUAUGGCCGCGGGCAUCCGCGUCGACGCCCUGCGGCCCCGCUGGGACUUCCCCGGCGCCUUCUACUUCGUGGGCACCGUCGUCUCCACCAUAGGUUUUGGAAUGACCACACCCGCAACUGUGGCUGGAAAGGUAUUCCUCAUCGUUUAUGGCCUUUUUGGGUGUGCUGGGACUAUCCUUUUCUUCAACCUCUUCUUGGAGCGCAUUAUCUCCCUCCUGGCAUUUAUCAUGAAGGCAUGCCACGAGAGACAGCUGCGAAGAAGUGGUCUCCUACCUCCCAACUUCCGAAGGGGGCCAGCUAUGUCUGGGGUGGGCAGCCUCGUGGGCUGGAAGCCAUCCGUUUACCAUGUGUUGCUGAUUCUGGGAAUAUUUGCUAUUACCCUUUCCUGCUGCGCCUCCGCAAUGUACACGGCGGUGGAAGGAUGGAACUACGUUGAUUCCUUGUACUAUUGCUUUGUCACAUUCAGCACCAUCGGCUUUGGAGAUUUGGUAAGCAGCCAGAACGCUGCAUACCAAAAUCAGGGAUUAUACAGAUUCGGAAACUUUGUAUUUAUAUUUAUGGGGGUAUGUUGCAUAUACUCUCUUUUUAAUGUCAUUUCAAUUGUAAUCAAGCAAGUUUUGAACUGGGUGUUGAAAAAAUUCGAAUGCAGAUGUUGCCCAAAGUGCCAUAAAUCAAGUACCCGCCUCAGCCGUCGCAACGCCAUCACCCCCGGAGCCCGCCUGCGUCGACAUAACAUCUCAGUGGACACUGAUGGACAGUACGACAGUGACACGGAGGGGAGGAGGCUCUCUGGAGAGAUGAUCUCCAUGAGGGAGCUCACGGCAUCCAAUAAAGUCUCCCUGGCCAUUUUGCAAAAGCAGUUGUCCGAGACGGCCAACGGCUACCCAAGGAAUGUUUGUAUCAAUACGAGACAAAACGGUUUCUCUGCGGGGGUGGGUGCUCUAGCCAUCAUGAACAACCGCUUGGCAGAAACGAGUGAUUCUAGGUAGAGUUUUUGAAAUUCCUUUUGUUUCUCUAAUAAAAAUGAAAUGGCGACUAGGCUGGAAUUAUCAUUGUAAGCUACUGGAAAGUUUUAAAUUCAGACACAGCCUUGGUAUUCAUUGGGCGUUCAGCAUUUUAGUCUCUGGGGGUUUUAUAAGUUUUCUCUAAUAUGCAUUGAGAUAUUUAUCAUUAUGUUACAAUUUUCCCCUGAGGGUCUUUUGGAAGAGACUUGGAUGUCUUUGAUGCAGAAUCUGAUGGCAGUUACAGAAGGAUGGUGUGCAUGGUUAGGAUGGUGUCAAUACCAGCCUGUUCUUCAGAACAGAGCCUAAACCCAAACUCUGUGUUAAAAUGCGUUGUGGGCAAGUUUGGCUCCAUAUUCAAACAUGGGGUUGGUAAGGUUUGAUUAAACCAGUAUCUCACAGUUUGUUGAAGUCUGGAUCUGGCCCUGAGCUUUGUGCUUGAUGCUCUUCAGCAAUUCCUCACAGCAGGCCUGUAUGUAACACACAUGUAGGUGACGGCUGCCACACCACCUUUAGUGUGAUUGUGCUUCCCUUCAAUAACCCUACUGACUUCAACAGCAGAGGAUUGAAUGGGCUGGAUUCCCCUCAUACAAAUUACGGGUUUUAGCCAGUCAUGUCUGAAAGACUGCCUGCCACCUAACUCAUAAAAGUCAGGGGGUUAUCAAGGACCGUAUCAAAGUGUGCAAAACUAUUCCUGCCUACUGAAUAACUGGAAACAGGCAAUUGUCAUCUUCAGUACUGACUUCAUGUAAUGCAAGAGAAGCCAGUAUGCACCUCUGGUAUCAAAUGUUUGCAUCACCACUGAAAUGCUUAUUUCAUUACUUUCACAUUAAAAUAAGUCACUGAAAUGAACGCAGGCUCUCUGUUGUCCUAAAUUUGCAUCUUUUGCUUCUGCAAUAUUGUUGCAGAGAUUCAUGCAAAUGAUUUCCUUGCAGUUUUUUGAGGGCUCCAACCCUGUACUUGUUUCCCACAAAUCUGACUGUGUAGGUUAUACAGAAGAGCACUACUUUGGAGUUCCCCCCGAAAGCUGGCUUCCCCCAGAAUGCUGAUGUGAAGUCAUAAAUUGGCCUUUGGCUGUUGCUACCAUCUUAAGCCAUAUUUAACCUGCACUAGCCCAAACCACUGAAAAACCAGAAGCAAACCUGGUCUGGAGUGUCUAGUUUAGCAUAACAAAUGGGUGCAGAGGAAUUGCUGCAAAUCUCUUUUGAAAUACAUGCACAGCUCUGGAUCAUUUCUCUAAAUUCUCUCUACUAUGCUGUGAAGUUAAUUAAAAGGCUUCUGCUGAUUCCAGGCAAGAAACAAAACUUGAGCUUAUAUUCUGAGCCACAGUGAUCUGCUCUUGGAAACUUCUUUUGAAGUUGUAGGCAAGACCAUGAGUAACUAGGUUGGUCACUGAAUAAAUUGAAGACGCUGAUGAAAACAAACUGGGAAUAUUGGAAAUGAUUGAAAAUAUUUCCAUGAAGUUUCAUGGAAUUUUUACUCUGUUGUUUACUUACUUUACUUUGCUUUGCCUGGGUUUGGGGUAACCAUCACUUUUGCUUUCCUUUAAAUUUGUAGUGGUGCAAAAUGUUUUGGAAUUUAACCUUGGAAAACUAACUUUUAAUUUGAGGUUUUGCACACUUGAGCCUGCCAGCUGAAGUAUGGCAAUGAUUGUAUCUUUUUCCUGACGAAAAGGAAUCAGAGCAGCAGAUAAACCAUCACACAUGGAUCUGUAUCACACUCUAAAUAUAGUCACAGCUUUUGUCAAGAUGCAUUUGGCCAGAAACAGGCAGUAAUGAUUGUGUUCUCUUUCUACCUGACACAGACUCACACUUAAGGUUAUGUGGUAUAGUAGAGUCCGCAUUCAAGAGGCAGGAGCUUUCUUGAUGGUAGGGAGACUCCCCAAGGUCCACGCGUCAGAGUGCCUUCCUGUCUGCGCACUCCUGCUCUUUGAAGAAGCAGGAAGAGUUCAAAGUGUUUGGUGAUCCUAACUUGAAGCCCACUGAAGGAUAAAUUUAAGCAGGCUGUGUAGGGGCAGGUCAUGGUCUGGAGAAGACUCAAAGACUGGCUGCAGAAGUUAAAAGACCCAUUUCAGGGAGGCACCUUCUAGAGAUGCCGGGGACAUCUUUGGAAACAGCAGAGGCAGGGAACCAAAAGAAUGAAAAUUUGUUAUUUUCCCUUGGGGUUACCCCUACAGGUAAAUAACUAUGAUGGUUUAUGUGUUCGUUAAUUAAAAGUGUGAAUGAGACCCUGCUCUCUUUCUGCGGCUAGACUCUCAGGCUUGUAUCUUGGCACAUUUGCCAUCAUGAGGACUAUUACUCAUUAGAAGGAGCCCCACUCUGUGAAGUGUUGUAUGAAUCAAGGCAGAUGGGCUCUGUCCCAAAGGACUAAGGAGUUUGAAUAGAUAGGACCCCAAGCCACAGGAGAAUUUGUUAUUUUGCUCAUAAAACCAUGUUCAAAUUCAUUAACAUUCUGUGAGCUGAAGAACUCUUGUGGGGAAAAAUUUGCAAAUUAAGGUGGGGGGUUUUUCAGUAAGUUGUUUUUAAAGGAUAAAUAUAACCAUAAUUAGGGUCCUGUUUAAAUGUUUGUAAAUUGUUGUCAAACUACCUAUUCCUGCCUGGGAAAUACAGUGAUGUAAUAUGAAGUUGUACAUACCUCCUCUGUACUUUUUCUGCAUUUAGGCAAAGGCAGUCUGUUGUAACAUGAUUUAAAUGUUUCUGAGUCUGUCUGGUACCAUCGUUUACAGUGGUGCCUUUGCAGGACCCUUUGCAGUUCCUGUUGACCCCAGGGGAAGUUGGACCAGGUCCUACAGCUGGGCUUCUCAAGGGAUUUGAGCAUCUGAUUGCUGCUCUAUGCACUUAGGUCUAAUGUUUAUUUAUUCCCAAGAUCCUUGAUACACUCCAUUCUGCUUCUCCUUAGCCUCAGAGGCAUAUGAAGUGCAUGCCCAGUUGUUUACCAGUGCCCCUAUUUCUUGCAGUGCACAUAUCCCUAGAAGCUGAUACAGCUCAACGACAGGGACCCCCAGUUUGUAUCUAAGCCCUGUAAAAAUCCCCAACCCCAUCUGGCUCAGCAAAGCCAGUUUAUGAGAGGAUCAGAGCAAAGUUACUGAGCUGGGUCUCACUGGGAAGCAUGUAAGGGUGGCCUUACAGUUCCCUCAUAUUCAGUGGCCGAAGUAUUUUUCAAGGAUGCAUGAAAACCAAGCUCCAAGUCUCUACUCUUUAGCCUGCUAACACUACCUGGGCACCCAUCACCUUUGUGCAUGACUACCUGAGCCAAGAGGACAUAGGAGAUUUGAGAUCAGACAUUCGUAGUCCCUUGUGCUCUUCCUUUAGCAUUUUCUUAAUGACAAUUCCUCUUUAAACUUGCCAGACAUGGGCACCUAACUCCUCUUUGAUUGUGCAUGGUCCAGCUCGGGAUUCCCUGGGGCAACCUGCUCCUUUUGUGAAUUAACCCCUAAACAUGCACCAAUUGCACCAAGUGCAAUUCCUCCUGGUAUUUCGUUUUCACAGACAAAGCAGAUACCAGCAAUACCUGGACACAGGCUGAAGCACAAGAAAUCAGAAGGAAACUGAAGGAACAGAGUGGGACAGUGAAAGCACACUGCACUAGAUUGCACUUUCUUUUCAGGUAAUUUGGGAGUUGUAUUACAUUCUUGAAAUGUUUCUUUUUUUCUAGGUUUUAUUUUUGGAUAGCCUUGAAAGAAUGCAAUUAACUUAGGAUUUAAAAGUUCAUCUUCCCUGAUACAACCCCCUCAGCCCCCCCUGCAGAACAGCAGCAGUGACUCCUAGCUGGCACAGAGCAAGACAUCCCAGUUGCCUGCUGAGAAGUUGUACAGGCAGUGCAGACCUGAGCUCAGACCCCAUGCCCCAGAUUAGUCUUUUGCUGCCUGAGCCCAGGGAAGAGCAUUCAGGAGCAGCAGAAAGCUACAGGACUUGGGACUUCUCUGUGAGCCAGCCCUUAGUGAGACCAAUGAUGGCACAGGUGUGAGCUGGUCAGACAAAGGAGAUACCGAGUUCACCUGGCACAUGUGCUAAUACCUUGCAGAUGAAAAUUAAAAUUUAGGUGAAAAUUAAUGAGGGACAAUGACCAAGCAGCGUCUUCUCUUUCCCCUUGAGCUCAGGGCAGAACAAUUACAAGGACUAGUUUCUUGUGAAACCUGUAGCAUGUGGCAAGUCACUACAUUCACUUCUUGGGGUUUGUCUUCCCUAUUUGUGUCUUGGACAAAGUUUGGAGUCACACUGAGAUGUCAUCUGUUUCUCUUUGGUUUCUUCCCAUCUGCAAAGCACAGUUCUCAUUUUGUGCAAAAAAUUUAGAUCGCUUUUUUUUUGCUUGCAAUAAGGAAGGACGUCCUUCAGACCAUAUAGAUGUUCAGAGAAGUAAUCUGAGUGACCUCAGCCGCACAUGGAAGUUUCUGAAGGACGAGGCUGCAGUUUGCCUGUCUCCCUGCAGAAGAAGCAUUGCACAAGUAACUCCCAUUACUGCUAGCAAGACAUAUAAAUGUUCUUUAGGCAGUGGUUGGGGCCAUGCAGCAGGAGGCACAACUGAAAAUGCAAGAUGGGUAUUUGUGCCUCUUUGCUAUGUACGUGCUAGUUGCCAGCCCAAUUAGGAGCUCUGAUUGCAACCAGAAUUACUGGUGGAAGACAGGAGAGAUGUAAGAAUCACACCAAAGCUCUCUGUGACCAUGGUGUCCCAGCACUGCUUCAGCCCCGGCCCUGAGUCUUUUCUCUUCCCCAGCUUUCUGUGGGUGAAAAUUUGGGUAUAUUAUGACCAUUCACCCAUAUUUCAGUCAUGUCUUAGCUUGCUACUGAAAGACAGACUUAUAACAGUAGUGGAGGUCAUAUAGCCAGGUAUGUAGGCACGGUAUAAACCUGAUUGCCUAUGUGAGAUGAAUUUAUAAUUAUAUGAAAAUUAGCUGUAGCAAUGAGACCGUUCUCACUUCUUAGUAUUUUUCCAGCCUUUAAAUUGAAAAAUAUUCAGUGACAAAUCAUUGCAACGAAUGUUCGGAGCUAAUCUAAACAAAACCGUAUUUUGCUGAUUGCUAGCAAAUCUAUGGGUAUGGCUUCUGCUCUAAUUGGAUUACUAAUGUGCCUUUCCAAACCAAUACACAUUUGCAAUGCUAUAUUUAAAUAAUACAAUAAAUGCUAUGUUACAUAAUAACUUCAAUUAGGGCAAAUUAAUACUUGACUCACACAAAAUAACUAAUGAACUGUGCAUUGCUCAUUGUACAACCGACAUGCAAUUUCUUUUUGUGUGUGUGAAUAUGUCCAUAUUUGAGCUCAAAUUCUGCUUUCAUGAAUGCUAGGGAAACAGAAACUACAUUGUAGAAAAUAAUGGACAAUUCCACUGAGAUUCCACAAAGGAUAUGCAUAUUAGUACAUACACAGUAAGUGGUUCAUUAUGCAUGAUAAAUAUGUUGUACAGCAACAGCACUGAGGAAGGACUACUUCAGUUUACACAGCCACAGUCUGUGGCUACCAAUAAAGACACAUGCCUUUUUUCUUUCUCUUUUUGUUUAUUAAAUAGGUAACAUCCACCCUGUAAUUAGAAUAAGACUUUAAACCAUCAAAAAGAAAAUGCAAUUGCCCUAAAGUUUGCAUACCCAAAAAGAGGUCUAAAGUCAGAUCCAGGUGUGUCUCAGACAGCUCCCAAGCCCAGGCUCAGCAUGGGAUGCAGGUAGGUUUAAAAUUGUGUAACAUCAUCAUCCCAUGUGUUUUCAGGAUUGGGCUCUCCAGCAGGUGGUGCUUUAUCAAACAGUCUUAAGAAAUACAAAGGUGUUCUCGUAUUCCUUUUAUACUUUGCAAGAUGUAACAGUAAUUUUUGAAGCCAGUGAGUCAAUGCAAAAGUAAUGCUUUUAUAACAUAAAAUAAACAAUGAGAAAAAAUUACUGCUAUUUCUGACUCUGCAAAUCAAACAGCCAAAUUUUCUCAAUGGGUAUAAUUUCCUAUUCCAUGCAAGUAAAAUUAUGUCCAGAAAAUUUUUGCUUGUGGUAACAUCAAUAGACUGCACAGGCAGUGCAAAAAUUCAGUUCCAAUUUUAUUGUAAAACCUCAGUAUCUGAAAGCACAUCUGAAAAUGGUUUGCAGAUUGUUGGAGGUGGGGAGGGAUUGUGUGUGUAAACAUUGUUUAUUUACAAAAAUAAAAAGUACUAUUCUACUUAUACAAACACAUUUUUAGCUCACUGGAAUACUACCUUGUUGGGUACUCUGCAAAAAUAUUAGUUCCAAAGUUCCAGCUGAUUUCAGUUAUUCAAGUCUCAAGACACAUGCUCAAAAAACAUUCCUGUUUAUUUUAUUUCUUUUUAAAAGAGCACAGCUUGGUAGGUAUCUUUAACUGAGCUGGCAUUACUGUUUCCUAUUACAAGCCUCAGUAGUUUUACUUCUGCAGUUUAUUUCACUGGUUUUGGUAUUUGCUCACUUCUACAUUGAAUUAUAAAACAGUGAUCAGUUCUGUGCUGUUUUCUGGUUGGUAUCCCUUUCCUUUUUGUAUUAAUUACAAAUAGAUGAAAUAUUGACACCAGCAAAAUAUCCAGCAGAUGUUCCCAAUCACACCAAAAUUAGUCACUCUUACGAAUAUUUUUCUUUUAAAAAUUGUUUUGUAAAAUCCAAAUCCUGAGUAUAGAUUGUGUAUCAUGGUUGAAAUUAGUAAAAAAUAUUUUUCCUACCAACAGAAACCCGUUGAAAUAUGCUAAAGAUUAAUUUUUAUGUAAAAAGACUUUCCUGUUUCAUUUGCCCAUUUUAUCUAAUUUUUUUCAAAUUCUUAGUCAGAAGUAUGUAAAUCCCAUUUGGAAAAUGCCCUGUGCUGUACAUUAAUUCCUAUGAAUAGAGCUUCUAAAGGGAUUAAAACCAAGCCUGCCUGACUGCUGCAAACAGAAUUGCAUGUAUAAACCUUCAAAACCUUAAAUAUUUGUACCUGUUUGGCAAUUGCAAACCGAGGGCAUGCUAAUGUAAUUCCAGUUCAGGCAAAGAAAUGUAAAUCAUGGGGUUCUACUUGCUGCUAACCACUUUUAUCAAAAAGACCUCGAGUACACAGCUGCAGCAUCAAGGGCAAUGUGCUGACUCUUGAUACUCAAAGAUGUUCCUUUGUAGGUUGGUUUGGUGGCUGGGAGUCGGCACUGGGGUGGUUAAAGCAGCUUGGCUGGGUGGUGCUGGCAGUCCCUUUUGUUGUGCCUCAGGAGGUGUUUGCCAUCACUGCUCCAAAGGACAGUCCCUGUCUUUAGGCAACGCACACACCUGCCCCUGCCCUUGAAUCAGGGACAGCAGCUGUGCUGUUUGAAUUACCAACAUACAAAAACACAGGGAAAGGCAAAAAGAAAAAAGGGAAAAAGAAGACUGAUGUUGUAUUGAGCCUCUCUUGAGAAGCACAGCGAAGUGCUGUGUGUAUAGCCUGUGCUAGACUGUUUCUGGCCACCUUUGAACCCUGGUUUCUUCCUGGAACUGGAGUGUUUGGGACACAGGUGCAGUUAUCAACUCAUUUUACAUUCCCCCUCUGCAUCGGCAAAGCAGUAAUCCUCCUGUGAUCUACUUUCUUCAUAAAAUGGAUAGAUUUGUUUAGACUUUCAUAGGAUGACAGCAUAUAUAAAUAUUGCAAGAUGAAUCAAUUACCAAGGGCUGGUUAUAUCUGCUAAGAGAUCUUUAUCAGUAAAAAAAAGGGAAAAUUGUCUUACCAUCCUACAAGUAUAGUGAAACAACAGAAGAAGUGGUGCUCUGAACAGAAAGUAAGGUGCUAAAAUAUACAAUUGGGCCCCAAAGUUCAGGCAUGCACCACAAAAUUACAAUAGCAUUCUUUUCCAAUGCUCAAUGCACCUGUACCUUGGGGAAAAGCCUGGGUUUCUGCCAGCACCAGGGCAGGCAAGGCUUAUAUUUUCUUCAUCUGUAUGAAAACAAAAUGUAUUUGAGGCCAUGCCUUGGUCUGCAUAGCACUCAGGGAUGGAGUUACCUCUGUCCACAGAUUUAAACAUGUCCAUGGUCCAGAGACCAUGAAUAGUGGUCCAGUCCCCAGUAGAAAAUGGAUCUGCCUCGAGGUGUCUGUCAUUUUUGGAGAGGAGUUGAAUGUCAUGGCAAUCCACAGCUGCCUCCUCUGGCCAAGUUUCCCCUGGUGUGGGAUCCAUCCGACUGCCAGACCCUGUGAUUGUACUGCCAGGAGACCAGUGCAAAUCAUCAGCAGUGUGCUCAUAUCCCUGCCUUCUUAAUGGACUAAAAACGUUGGAAAAUAGAUAAUUUUCUAUUUUAAUGAUCAAAAGAGUGUUGCCCAUUAUUCACAGCCUACACACAAGAUGUCAUGAUUUUCAAUUUUCCUGCACUGAUCGCUCAGUCCAUUUGACAGCUGACCUUCAAGUGGUCAUGGCUUUUCAAAAAAAAAAACAAAAAACAAAAAACUCAAACAAAAAAAACGAACACCCAAUACCAACAUACCAGAAAAGCAAAAUAAUCCUAAAUGAGGCGGUAAGGAUCUCACAUGCAAAAGCUGUGAGCAGAGCUGCCACUGUCCACAGCAGCCAGACGCUUCUCCAGCAGUGGGAGAAGCUUGGGUUCAGGAGAGCAUCAGCUGGGUGGUUGGGGUGCUGGACAUUGCCCUGCAAACAGCUGCAGCACUUGCUGAACCAGUUUCUGCUGCUGUUUUUACACUGUUAGGGACAUUUCUCAUCACUGGUACUGAAAUCAGAGGAUGGCAGCAAAUCUUACACAAGCUUUUUACUGCCGCUGUUGCAUAUGGGUGUUAGCCAGGGACAUUUGUAACAACCAAAAGGAAUUUCAGCUGAGCACUGGUCAGAAAAAAUAACAUUUUGCCAGCCAGAAACAGUUGCAGCAGGUCCCAGUGCCCAGCAUCACUCAGCAUUCUCCCAAAGAGUUGAACUAUACAGAGAUUACCUAAAUAAGCCAAAAGAGGUGAUAUGCUCUAAGAAGCAAGUGCUGCUGUUGCCUGAAUCUGGAGUAACUUAGUUGAAUUGCAGGUAAUAAAUAGCCCAAUUAAACAGAUGUAAUGACUUUUAAAUGCCUGCUAGAAGUCAAAAGGAGAUGGAUGCAUUUUUCCAGCACAAUUUCAGUUGUGUUUAUCAAGUCAAGCGGUAAAAUGAAGAAGCAUAAGUUCCUGUAAAUUGGUGAUUAGAAAACAUAGAUUUUUACUCUCUUUCAGAUGAUGCUUCCUGGCAGAACAUUAAACUGGAAUAAAUUUCAAGACUGAAAUCUGUUUAAACAAGUGGCAAUUUUUAAAAUGCUUUAAUUCUGGGUUGACAGGAACUUUGCCUCCAACACAUACCGUAAUUGUGAGUGCUCUUGAUGAAUCAGUCCCAUUUUUUAUGUCAGCUCAGGAUUUUUCCACUAUAAGAUCUUUGAAUGAAGAGGACUAAAAGCCAUAUACAAAGCCAAUUAGAUACAGAUCACAUUUCUACUGGUACAUUAUAUACAAUUUGCAAACAAAAAUGGGUAUUUUGGGCUUGGCACCCCUUCAUUCACAGAAGCAUGGUUAUAGACCUAGGAGGCAGAGACAGCUGAUGUGCAGCCACAUUGCAAAGCAGUGCAGAGGUGCUGGGGAAGGAUUCUUAGAGCUGGUGGUUAAUGACACUGUGGAAGAACCCACUGAUGGUGUUUGGGGAACCUUACUGUGUGUUUUAAUGCUGUGAUACAUGGUCGAGUAUGAAUUCUGUACAUCUGGGAGGAUGUCAAAUUCCAGGUGACAUUUGGAAUGUUGCAAUUAAGUUAUUACAAAGACUUUUGAAAUAAACAGGA